GUUUCCUGUUCCUAUCCCGGAAGUGCAGUUGUACAGCGGCUCUGAUAGUGCCUUCAGACAGCUCAGCUUAAGCAGGGACUUCCUGUUGGCUAUACACAGCUGCCAAUCGCUGCACCUUUAUCUCCUGAUCCCGUUUCAUCUAGUUGAAUAUAAGCGCUUCUCUUUGCCAUUGUUACCCUCACUGUUAGGAGACUGCAGACGCAAUGAACACCGUUCUUUCCCGGGCUAAUUCGCUCUUUGCCUUUUCUCUGAGCGUUAUGGCUGCGCUCACCUUUGGGUGCUUUAUCACCACCGCGUUCAAGGAGCGGAUAGUUCCUGUCAACAUUCAUGUGUCCCGGGUGAUGCUGGAGAAUGUUGAAGAUUUUACUGGUCCCAGGGAAAGAAGUGACCUUGGAUUUAUUACAUUCGAUAUAAAUGCAGAUUUGCAGCCGAUAUUUGAUUGGAAUGUUAAACAACUAUUUAUUUAUUUGUCUGCUGAGUAUGCAACUAGAAGCAAUACUCUGAACCAGGUUGUACUAUGGGACAAGAUCAUCCUCCGAGGAGAUAAUCCAAAGUUGUCCUUAAAAGAGAUGAAAUCAAAGUAUUUUUUCUUUGACGAUGGAAAUGGUCUCAAGGGUAAUCGCAAUAUCACAUUGACUCUGUCUUGGAACGUUGUCCCAAAUGCAGGCAUCUUACCACUUGUCACAGGAUCAGGACAUAUAUCCAUUCCAUUUCCUGAUACCUAUAAAACCACAAUGAGCUAUUAAUUUAUUGCAAUGUUUUGUAAGCUAUUUUUUAUCCUUGUAACCCUUGGAGACAGCCUGCCUAAAGUUUAUACCAAAAUCCCUGAGCGUCCACCUGGAAACACAGCUUCUUUCUGAAAAAGAACGGCCAUGAGGGUUUGACUACCCAUGUAAAUACAAAUGAAGAAUCCACUAUUUUUAUUUUUUUAUUUUGCGUAGUACACGUGUUGUCUUCCGGAAAAGAGAUGAAACCAACUCAACUGUAUUGAUUCACAACAUUGCAAUACAAUUUCACUGCCUAUAGCUGAGCCUGCUAAAUGUGGACUGAACCAUUCAAAGAUGAUGCUUUUUUAGAGUGUUGCUUUAUAUUAGAACAUCCAUUCUGAAGGUACAUCACAACUAUAACAUAGAUGAAUGUGAGUAAUGUGAACAUUUGUUUUCAAAUAAAACUAUCUAAAGUUGUCACAACUUUUCCUUGGCCUGUUACACUUUUUUGUGGUUUUAAAAGUAAAGAAAACAUGAAAUACAAUUUUGUAGGUUUCCUAAAAUGUUAAUUAUGUAAAGGGACCAAGAGGAAUUAUUAUUUUUUGUGUUAAAAAGUUUGGAUGACCAAUAAUGUCUAGUUUCUGCUGAAUUUUUUUUUUUUUUUAAUUAACCCAAUUCCCACUUUUUGUACUAAAACACUCACUGAUUUGUAUAUUAACUUGGGAAAUAUGUAUUAAUAAUGAUGGUUAAAUAAUAUCUCUCCUUCCAGGGCCUGCUAUGGCCUGUGUUUCAAGCAAGUACAAUACAGAGGCAGAGAUAUCUAAAGAUGAAGUAUCAGGAAUAAAAUUUCCAUUGCAGUUGCUACUUAAAAAGUAAAUUACAAGGAACACCAAGAUAAUAAUUAUAGCCUAUAAAAGCAUGUGCUAAUAAAAAUUCUGGACUUUU